AUGAAGAACAAAAAAUUGUCAACCCACCAGAGCGGGAACAAGAAACAUCACUCAUGCGAAACAUUGAAUCUUUUGACCGGAGAUACUAUCCUAAAGGCCAUGGAUGGGAAAUUGGUUACUGCACUGAUUCUAAUAGAUCUAUCUAAAGCUUUCGACAGUGUAAAUCAUACUUUUCUCCUUACAAAACUUAGCAACGUCGGGGCUUCUCCAAGCGUUGUAAAAUGGUUUUGGAGUUACUUGACCGGAAGAACUCAAUCAGUCAGAAUUGGAUCAACUGUGUCUACUCCUCUCCCUGUUUCUUAUGGUGUACCACAGGGUGCAAUUUUAUCACCUUUACUUUUUAGUAUUUAUACUAACGAUUUGCCCUCAUCAGUCCACCAUAGUAAACUUGAAUCGUACGUGGACGACUCCAAGAUAUUACUAUCUUUCACUGUGGCUAAUGUGGACUGUUUAAAGCAACAACUUGAGGAAGACUUGUAUUUGAUUGCAAACAGUUGUUCCGAAAAUGAAUUGCUUAUUAACCCGGGAAAGACCAAAUACAUGCUGAUUGGCACACGGCAAAACCUACAACAACUUCCCGUAGAUAUGACCAUAAACUUCCUCAACGAGACUAUUACCCCCGUCUCAUUUGCCAAAGAUCUAGGAAUGACAAUCGACUCUUAUUUGACAUAUGACCAGCACAUCACCAACCUGGUUUCCUCAUGUAUGAAUUCCCUGUGCCAAAUAAACCGAGUCAAAAAAUGUUUCGAUAAAGAAGCUUUAACUCUCAUCGUCUCGGCACUUGUAAUGAACAAAAUGUUCUAUUGUUCAACGGUUUGGUCAAACACUUCGUCUACCAACAUUAAGAAACUACAGUUGGUACAAAAUUUUGCAUGCAGGAUAAUAACAAAUAUUGGAAAGUUCGACCAUAUUUCGCCGGGCUUACGCGAACUUAACUGGCUCCCAGUAAAGGAACAAUUACUACUAAGAGAGGCUAUUAUGAUGUACAAAUGUGUCAAUGAACUUGGUCCACAUUAUUUGAGCGAUUUAUUCACAAAACGUUCUGACAUUCAUCAACGAGAUACACGUAGCCAUGACUCACUGCAAAUACCAUUGUACAAAACUUCUGCAGGCCAAAGGUCCUUUCAUUAUAGAGGCGUUACACUCUGGAAUGAUUUGGACAUAAAGUACAAAAAGUUAGACUCCCUAAAAACUUUCAAAAACGAACUGAAGCGAAGCAUGCUAGAACAAAUAUAUAAGUAG